GCCCCGCUCAGCCGGCACCGCGCGAGGAAGACAGCACCGCAAGAGGAAUGACGGUGAACACACCUCUAUGCUUCAGGGGAAAAAACAUCCUGGCCCCCAUGGUGCGUGUGGGAACGCUGCCAAUGCGGCUCCUUGCGCUGGACUACGGCGCUGACAUCGUGUACUGCGAGGAGCUGAUUGACAUAAAGAUGAUGCAGUGUAAGAGAGUUGUAAAUGAAAUACUUGAAACAGUAGACUUUGUUGCACCAAAUGAAAGAGUUGUUUUCAGAACUUGUGAAAGGGAGAGGCACCGUGUCAUCUUUCAAAUGGGUUCAGCAGAUGCUGGAAGAGCCUUGGCAGUAGCUAAGCUUGUGGAAAGUGAUGUAGCUGGUAUUGAUAUCAAUAUGGGCUGUCCGAAAGAAUAUUCUACCAAGGGAGGUAUGGGGGCAGCACUUCUAUCUGAUCCUGACAAAAUAGAGUCUAUACUGACUACUCUUGUUAAAGGAAUUUGUAAGCCAGUAACCUGCAAAAUCCGCAUUUUGCCUUCAGCUGAUUUUUGCAUAGCAUGUCCUCUGUCAGAGCAGCAGGUGGGCUUUUGUCUCUGUUUGUGCCACCCAGUAGGUGUUGCAUUUUUUGGAGACUGCUAUUUAGUGGUUGAGGAUACUGUGGAUUUAGUGAAGAGAAUAGAAAAAACUGGUAUUGCUGCUAUUGCAGUCCAUGGAAGGAAGAAGGAGGAGAGGCCUCAGCACCCUGUCCACUGUGAUGUGAUCAAAGCCAUAUCUGAAGCAGUCUCCAUUCCAGUAAUAGCAAAUGGAGGAUCUCAUGACUUCAUCAAAGAAUAUGGAGACAUUGAGACCUUCCAGAAAGCAACAGCUGCCUCAUCUGUAAUGAUAGCUCGUGCUGCCAUGUGGAACCCAUCUAUCUUCAGAAAAGAAGGUCCUUUCCCCUUGAGAAAAGUCAUGCAAGAUUACAUCAAAUAUGCAGUGAGAUAUGAUAAUCACUAUACCAACACAAAAUAUUGUUUGUGUCAGAUGUUAAGAGAACAGUUGGAAACUGCUCAGGGUAAGAAGCUGCAUGUGGCGCAGUCCACACAGGAAAUCUGUGAAGCCUUUGAGAUGUCUGAGUUCUAUGAAGAGACAACAGCUCUCUUUGAAGCUAAGAAAACAUCUUUGGAAACUAAGAAGCAAGAUGAAGAUGACCAGAUGGAAGAUCCGAAUGUAAUAAAAAUGGCUGUUAGAUUUGACAAGCGAGAAUAUCCACCACAGAUUACUCCAAAAAUGUAUCUUCUGGAAUGGUGUAGGAAAGAAAAACAUCCUCAGCCUGUUUAUGAAACUGUUCAGAGACCACUAGAUAGACUAUUCUGUUCAGUGGUAACAGUAGCUGACCAGAAAUACAGAUCAGCUCUGUGGGACAAAUCAAAGAAACUAGCAGAACAGGCUGCAGCUAUUGUCUGUCUGAGAACACUGGGUGUCCCAGAGGGAAAGCUGUGUGAAGGAGAAAACCACCUGAUUAACAAACGCAAGAGGGAAGACCAGGAGCACUUGAACAAUGGAGAUCAUGGAAAAGAUCUUGCUGAGCCUUCCCAUAAAAAAGCUAGUUUUGCUGAAGAAAGUUCUGACAUGAAUGCACCUAAGAUGCAAUGGUAACAUGGAGAUCAGAGGUUUCAUACAACUACACAAGCUAGAAAUUAGCUCCUUUUCGUGUAUCUUGCUGUUCACAUUUUGUCUGGAUUCUGAGAUGGAUAAGUUUCCCCAACUGUGAAAAAUGCCAGUGAAAUUUACUGUUCACCACUCACUAUCCCAUGGUGCCUUUCAGACAGGAUAAAAUAGUAAUCUGAUUUUAGAGAACAUUGAAUAUUAUUCUAAACAAUAAAUUCUUUUAAUAUCAGA